GUAUUGAUGUCAUAAACCAAACGACAUGACAAUGCAGUCGUCAAUUGUGUCGUCAGACGGCGAUCCCGACGGCAGCAGUGGUGGCGGCGGCGGCGGUGGUGGUAUCGGUAGUGGCGGACCGGCCGACUCGUCCCGUAGUUGGACUCAAUGCAUCUAUCAUUGCGACGAUGAAGAGACACCAUAUCUGGUGAAGAUACCGGUUCCUCAAUCGCGCAUAACUUUGGCCGACUUUAAGGCCGUACUGUCCUCUGCGGGAAACACUCAUUACAAGUACUUUUUCAAGUCGUUGGACGCAGAUUUCGGUAUUGUUAAGGAAGAGAUUAUUGACGAUAGUUCGCGGCUACCGAUUUUCAAGGGACGUGUAGUGGCCUGGAUAACACCGUUGCCGUUGACCAGCGAUGCCGAAACUACUACGUUUGUGGACAGCGAUGAUGACGACGACGACGAUGAUGAUGACGACGAACUGACCAGUCAUAUAUCGACGACAAGUUAUGAGACAAAUAGCCGCAUAUCGACCACAACGGAUGAGACGAGUGUAUCGCGUAUUCACGAUCACCGACAUCGUCGCCGACGGCGCCGACACCGUAUGCCUAUUAUGAGUCGGACUUCAUCCAUAAGCUCGAUAACAGAGUCGACGAUGUCUUUGAACAUAAUUACUGUUACACUAAACUUAGACACCGUUUCAUUUCUGGGUAUAUCUAUUGUCGGCCAAAGCAAUAAAGGCGGUGACGGCGGCAUUUAUGUCGGCUCAAUCAUGAAGGGCGGUGCAGUCGCACUGGACGGUCGCAUAGAGCCGGGAGAUAUGAUCUUACAGGUAAAUGACGCAAACUUUGAAAACAUGUCCAAUGAUGACGCCGUACGGGUACUGCGAGAAGCGGUUCAAAAGCCCGGACCGAUCAAACUGGUUGUGGCCAAAUGCUGGGAUCCCAAUCCGAAAGGCUAUUUCACAAUACCGCGCACCGAACCAGUGCGGCCAAUAGAUCCGGGAGCGUGGGUGGCUCAUACCGAAGCUGCCCGGGCAAAUCAUUAUACAGAACAAGAUUAUCCUCUAAGGCCUCCAUCUGUAUCAACACUGACAUCCACAUCAUCUUCUGUGAACACAUCGAUACCAGAAUCUGAUCGGCAAUUGAUAAUGGAUUCGCAGCACUUGUCUGUCGAGAUGGAUAUGAUGAUAAUCGCCAAAUCGAUGGCUAAUUCCGAUUCGGGUUUGGAAGUCAAAGAUCGUAUGUGGCUUAAGAUAACAAUACCGAAUGCAUUUAUCGGCUCUGAUGUAGUCAACUGGUUGUAUCAAAAUGUUCACGGCUUUCAAGACAGACGCGAGGCUCACAAAUAUGCCAAUCAAAUGCUCAAACAAGGGUUUAUUAAGCAUACGGUAAACAAGAAUUCGUUUUCCGAAAAGUGCUAUUAUGUCUUCAAUGAUAAUCUACUGGACCGCGAGUUUGCCAAUCUUAAGAUCAACGACCCGGAUCUACCGCCACCACCCGAUCUGCCGGUCAGAUCUAUGAUUCAACAGUACACUGGUGCAGGCGGUGGUGGCGGCUAUGCGCCCCCUUUUAUGCAUCCAUGGGGUUCGGGCGGCGAAAUUCACAACUACGGUAUGUUUGGAGCCCAGCCCUUCACUGAUGGCAGUGUUCAUAGUACUUCAGCUUCAAGUGGACACGACAGUGUUAUCCACCGGCGCAAUGAUAUUUCAUUAAUGGGUGAGCGCCAAAGCGCCAGUCCCGGCGCUAGUAGUGACUUUGACGAUAUGAGCCAACGAAGCGGUCCUAUACUACUGGGAGCGCACCAAAUGCCGCCGACACAGCACCCAAAGCUACCGAUGCAGACCUUUUCUAAUCCAUUACAACAACCACUACUACAUCCAGGAGCUAUAAGGCCGUUGCCGUUGAUAAACGGCACCGACCUAUUACACAACAAUCACAACUUGUUGCCUGUGAUGGACGGUGCUAGUGAUCAAUCGUGCAUCAGUGGGGGCGGCGGUGGCGGUACCAGUUCUACACAUUCUGGAACCACUAUUAACACUACUAGGGAUACGGAAAAGCAGCAACAAAUGGAUGGCCAGUCCAGCGAUAUAAACGGUAGCCGACAAUCGUUUCGUAUGGCAAUGGGAAAUCCAUGUGAAUAUUUUGUUGAUGUCAUGUAAUGUUUAGGAACUGUUAAUUAGAUCUAAACAUUUAGGAAAUACUAUAUUUAGUAUUUGAUUUAAAGUACAGUAUAUUUCAUAAUAUACAGACAAUGCAAUAGACAGUGUAUACUCUUUUUUUUUA